AUGUCUUGUCGGGACUCCGAUACCCUCAUAAAGGACGAGUGGUUUCUGUUUGUACUUUCAUCACAAGGAUUCGCUGCUAUAUGCUCAGCUGUGAUAUCGCUCUUCGCUAUCAAAAAAUGUGUGAUCUUGCAUUUUCAUGUGAACUGCAGAGUUUCCCACGUAGUCCGCUUCAUACUCUAUGAUUCAUGUGAAGCCACAAUUUCUUCUGCUCUCUGUUUCGCACUUCGUUUACCAGCGGGAAUAUGCGUGGCAUCAUUUGCUGUCCUUCAGCUCGGUAUGGUAAUGGAACGUGCUAUCGCUUUACGAAGAAGACAACACUAUGAAACCUCAGGUGCAACUUUGGGAUAUGUGACAGCUGGAUCUUGCAUCAUACCGUAUUACACAUUGGCUUCACCACUGUUACUACUACUGUUGCUGAAAUGGUCAUCGCACAAGCGCAUUGCAAAGUUAGCCGCGCUCCCAAAGACUGCUAACGAGCAAACUUACUUUGAUGCGUAUGCUAAAAUGUGGGCAGUCACAAUACCCAGUAAACAUUGA